AUAGAAUUACUUCGAAAGUUCAACAGAACUACUGUCAAUGUACUAUGGGGUUUUUAUGAAGUUAUAUUGAAAAAAUAAAAAAGUAAUUUGAAAUAUUUCAGCCUACAAAAUUGAUAGAAGCAGCAUAUGAUUAGCUUAGGAAAAAUUAUGGUUUUUUAGACAAUACAAAUUGAAAUGGACUAUUUGGUAGAAACAAUAAUUUUAGGAAUUGAUUCAAUAAUCUUCAUAACAUGUGUCCGAAAUUACUACAAAAACAAAAAUGCUAUGACAAUGAUUCAGGGUGCUCCAUACUUGAACCUCAACAAAGAUAUAAAAGAAAUUGUACAAACACAUCCAGAUCAAAAAUUAUCUUACGUAGCUAUACGGGGAACAGUUAAACCACUAGGAAAACCAAUCAUAAGUAGUAAUAAUGCAGAUGUUGAAGGUGUUGUCCAGUUACUGCGAAUCAAAGAACAUGUUAUUCAAAGGACUACAACUGGCUUUUGGAAUGAUUCCGAGCGUAUCAUACAGGAGGUACAUAAUAUUAUGCCUUUCUCACUAGAGAAUAAGGGUAUAGAAGUUGAAGUUAUGGAUCCCUUAGGUGCUGAUAUUUUAGAUAUGGAUGUGAUAUCUGAUGUUUUUCAUCCAAGUGUCCCAAGUGUAAUGGACCAUAUCUGGGGAUUCUUUGCUGGAAUUCGACAAAGAGGUAUUCAAACAACAGAAAAAAUGCUAAGGAGAGGGACAAUGAUCACUGGAAUUGGUGAAUUAGUGUAUUCAAAAGACAAUAAUAUUUUACAACUACAACCUCCUACAAGUGGUGCCCCAUUUUAUCUCACCAAUAUGCAGGUUACUUCUUUAGUAAAAAAAUUGGAAGGUUCUAAAAGGAAUUACAGAUGGUUGUGUUUACUCUUUGGGACAAUUGGAGUUGUAGUAGGGGGUUUAAUUCUUCGAAAAUACUUGAGACACCGAGCUAAACUAUUGGAAGAAGCUGAAAUAAAAAGACAGUUGGAGGAAUCCAGAAGGGAAAGGAGAAAAAAGACGAGACGCAAUGAUGCAAACUCUGAUAAUCAAAUUUGUGUUGUGUGUCGAUCGAACCCAAUUGAGAUAAUUCUCUUACCUUGUGGUCAUGUAUGUUUGUGUGAAGAUUGUUCUGUUGAUAUCCAAGGGAAUUGUCCUGUUUGCCGUUCCCGUAUUGAAAAAAAAUCUGUAGCAUAUGUGGCUUGAACAUAAUUAUUGAAAUCUAUUUCUUGUUUUAUAGUUAUAUUUUAUUCUAAGUAAACUUUUAGAGAAUA